UGCAAUUUCAGAACCGCCAUUUCCUGUUCUCGCUAUAAAACGCCCUUCCCAAUAGUGGCAGUCUGUCGUCACGCCGAAGUGUGUCGCCAAUUAAAUCUCUGCAGAGCCGUUUUCCCAGUGUUCUACAAUAAACCGAAACAGAAUGACUACAAUACUGACACCGAAAGUAGAAUCAAUCAUGGUAUUGAAUUUGGCAAGGGAAAGGGCUUCAUAAAUAGAGGAGAUUUUAUCGUGGUCAUCAAUGGAUCCGGAUUUGGCUCUGGACUCACCAAUACAGUACGUGUUAUCACUGCCGCAUAA